AUGGAAGGGGAGACUUGGUGUUUGUUGCAGUUGCUGUUUGCUCUGUUGGUGGCGUUACCCCUGAAAUCAAGAAAAAGUAUGCCCAUGUUUGUGUCAUUAACCCAACAGCUAGAGUUUGUCGCAAUUGAGGUUCCUGGUUUACUUUUGUUGUUUGGUAAUGCAAGGAGUUUACCAACUGAUAAGCUCAAGAUGAUUUAUAUUUCAAUAAAUGUUGUCUUGCAUAUUAUUCAGAUUUUCAUUUGGAUAUACCUCUGGAUAGAUAACAACAGCGUUGUGGAGUUCUUUGGAAAGACUUUUGUUGCAAGUGCGUCCUUUGUAGCUGCACUAGGCUUCUUGCUAUAUGAAGGAAGGACAUGUUUGAGGAAAAAAAGGAGCAUACUGGAACCCGCAGGCGCUCUUGCUCUUGCUGGAGCUGAGGCAUAA